AUGGAUGUUACGAUUUGGACACAGGGGAAGAAUUUAGGAGAUCAAAAGAAACCGGAGGGAAUGAGGGGCUGUCGGUUCCUGGGAAGGCGGAAUGGUAUUAGAAGAUAUCUAAUCAUAGUAACAAUUCUGGUCGUCAUGGUCAUGGGUGGAAUUAAGAUAGGUUCCAGAGAUGAUGACUUUCGACUUUUGCAAGAAAAUAGGGUUAAUCAAGAAGUUGUUAUGUUCAAUGAGGAUAACCCUAAAGUAGAUAUUCAGAAAGGCGAUGAGAAUGUUGAUGUCGGACUGGAAGACAAGGUUGACCUGGGCAAAGGCUCUCCAACUUAUGACAGUGAAGAAGACGAAUACUAUGUUGAGAGUAAGGAACACAAAACGGACCCAGUGCAGCUCGACCUACAAGAUGAUUCAGUUAAACAACAACAGCAGGACAACGAAUUCAAGAUUCAACAGCUGCAUCAAAACUCUCAAAAUAAAUUUGCUGUUCACACUUUUGCUAACUUUGGGGAUAGUAAAGACACAAAAAACCACGAACAGUUUGAUCAAAAUAUAGUUAGCGAAGACCAAAAGGAUAGGAAUCAAAUCCAAAUUAAGCAAAACAAUAAUCACAGUCUUAAGGAAGAAACAGAUAAAGCUAAGGCAGUAUUAAGUUUUCAUCCUGAAUCAUAUUACGACAGCGAAGAAGAAGAUGUUAAUGACAUUCAAGAAGGGAAUGAUAAUGAAAAGACUACAAUGCCUGCUAUAACCAAAGUGAUCACGUUUUCUCAAUAUGAUUCUGAAGAGGAUACUGAUGAUGUCCAACUGAAUUCUCUCAGUAAUGUUGACAGAAUAGAUAACAAAGUUGUGUCAAAUAUAAACGCUGAAAUUGCAAUUGAUGUAGAUGUUGCAAACGCUCAUUUACCUUUAAUUGUGCCAAAUAUAGUUCACUUUGUGUGGUUUGGAGAUAAUACAAUGACAUUUAAUCAAAUGCUAAGUAUUUUAUCAGUGCACCAUUUUGUAAAACCAGAACAUAUUUACUAUCAUUGUGACUCACAUCCCAAAGGAGAAUGGUGGCAGCGAGUUAUUAGCAUAGUGGUCAAUAUAAAGGUAGACAUCAUGUCCCCUCCAAAUGAAAUAUUCGGAUUUAGAAUUUUUACAGCGAAACAGCAAGCUGAUGUUGCAAAACUUCAAACUCUUAUGACCCAUGGCGGUAUAUAUUUAGAUACGGACGUUAUAGUAACAAAAUCAUUACAACCGCUACGUUCUUACGAAUUCAGUAUAGGUUAUUCGCAACCUGGGCGGUUCGAUAGUGACAUAGUGAUCUCAACUCAUACGUCCAAAUUUUUACAAAAAUGGUUAGUAGCGUAUACACAAUAUUCAAGUGCUGGAGGUGAUGAUUUUUUCAGCUGUGUAGCGCCAUAUAAAUUAUAUAAACAGUAUCCUGAUCAGGUCCACGUAGUGAAUAAAAUGAGCACACCAACAGCUAAAAAUGUGUAUUCCUUAUAUAAUGGAGAUUUAGACUGGACGAAUCAUUACGCAGUGCAUUUAUGGAGACGAUUACAUGAUCAAGUGGAUAAUUUAGACACUAUAAAAGAUUUGGACACACCUUAUGGUAAAUUGGUCAAGUUUAUUUAUAAUAAAGUAUAA